GAGGCCGAGCCCAUGCGUCUCGACAUGGAGGAGCUGCUCUACGAUGCGGGCGUCGACAUCGUGAUCAACGGCCACGUCCAUGCCUACGAGCGGUCGGUGCCCGUGUACAACGCUUGCCUGAAAGAAUGCGCGCCCAACUACGUUGUCAUCGGCGACGGUGGCAACUACGAGGGCGCCAGCACGCAGUGGAUCCAGCCGCCGCCGUGGUCAAAGGUGCGCGAGUCGUCUUUCGGUGUUGGGUUCCUCACCAUCAUCAACGACACGCACGGUGAGCCCCCACACGCGUAG